CUGCUGGGCGUGUUUGCAUCUCUGUGUGGUCGUGGCCAACAGAAACACUUCCUAAUGUUUGACAGCUGUUGUAGUCACUAGUUGUUGAACCGAGCCAAGAGCAAAGCUCCAACUGCACCAUUAAAAUGAAAGUCGCAUCCUUCAAUGGAAAGAACCUGGGAUAUCAAAAAGUCUCAAACAGCACUGUCUCCAGCCAUCUCACCAAGAUUAUGUCUCAGUACAGCGUGGUGGUGAUCCUGGAGGUGGUGGAUAAAAGUGGAAAAGCCAAAGAUCUGUUGCUUCAAAAGCUCAACAAGUCCACAGAACAUAAAUAUGAGAUGGUCUUCAGCCACAGUCUGGGCAGAAGCACCUACAAGGAGCAGUUUGUGUGCUUCUACAGACCGGACGAGGUGACCCUGGAGGACAAGUAUCAGUAUGAAGACAACCAAGCCGGAGAUGAAGAUGCGUUUGCCAGAGAGCCCUUCGUCCUGCGCUUCAGCUGUCCCAACACAGUUGUGAAAGACCUGGUUCUGAUCCCAGUCCACACCAAACCAGAAGACUCCACAAAGGAACUGGACGAGCUCUAUGAUGUUGUCAUGGCUGUCAGGGAGAAGUGGAACACUGAUAACAUUAUGCUGUUAGGAGACUUCAACGCAGACGGUCGAUAUCUGUCCCAGAAGAAGAAAAAGUCCAUUCGUAUCUCCUCUGAGCCCUUUCACUGGCUGAUAGACGACAGCGUCGACACCACAGCCAGUAACAAGAACGACAACACCUACGACAGGAUUGUGGUGUAUGGACAGGCCAUGCUGGACGCCAUCGUCCCCGACUCAGCCGCACCCUUCAACUUUCAAAAAGAGUUCGGACUGACGGAUGAAGAAGCUCUCAGCAUCAGUGACCAUUAUCCUGUGGAGGUGGAGCUGCAGGCUGAUUCCACUCCAAAGAAAGGACCACAGAAGAAGCCAGAAGAAGUAAAGCAGACUAAAGGAGCUAAGAAGGACGGACAACCGGCCGAAACCAAAGUACCAGCGAAGAAGAAACGUUAGGUUUAACGAUCACAUCUCAUUUUUUAAUUUCACAUCAACUUGUGAUUUUAUAAAGAAGCAGUAAACGCUCUCAAAAUGCAUUUGUUUUUAACUGAAUUAUUUUUAAAUACAAAAACAACCAGUGACCUAAAUGACAUGAUACAUAUUUGAUAUUUAUCUUGUUUGCCUCUGACCACGUACUGUAAAAAACAACUAUUUGUUGGAGAAUAAAAGGAAACUGUUUCAGUA